UGCCGCACUUUUACUCUUUUGGGUUGGCGUGGGUUAUGUUUACAUUGAAAUCAAAAGUAAAUGGCAGCGUUAAGCAAUCUGAAACAAUGCCCGCCGUUCAGCGCCCUGGCGGAUCCGUCGUUUCGUCCCAAUUAUAUUCCUGAGCUGGACAACUACCCCAGGAUACAGCUGAAGAGCGAGCUACACAAUUCAUCGGCGCAUCGUUUUUAUGGCGGUCAGGGUUUUGUGCCGGUAAAUGAAGGUGUGCUGAAACGCAUCAUUCGCACCUUCUUUGAGGGUGGCUUCUGGGAGUCGCUGUCCGAAACUCGCAGCGAAAAGACUCGCGAACAGGCUCCGUGGUUGGGCAGAACCGGUGACUACAUAUCCCAGCUGCUGGACAUCGCCAAUACGCUUAAGUUGAAAGUAUUCCCGCACACACAGGAUGUGAGUGCCGAGCGGAUCGCCCAGUAUGUGGAGACCAGGGAUUGGACAGAUAGCGAUGUGCGGUUCAUGGCAUGGAACUGUCAUGUCUUCAAGCUAGCCGUAGCUGGCAUUGACGAUGUGGUGCGCAUCUACGCCAAGAACACCACCAAUGCAGCGACACCCGUCUUGAAGAGUGCAACUCAGACACAAAUAACGUGCAUGGCCUGGCGUCCACUGAGUGCCACGGAGAUUGUGAUUGGCUGCCGUCAGGGUCUCUGCUUCUGGGUAGUGGACAACACCAUGAUUCUGGGACGUACCAAUUCGCCCAGUCAGAUCUUUAAGCAUCCCGCUAACCUACCCAUCACCUCUAUGCAGUGGAACAAGGUUGGUAACCUAUUGGCGACCGCUUCCAUUGGCGAUCGCUCGAUCAUCAUCUGGCAGCCGGACAGUGCACUAAUGGAGCCGCUCAAGAGACUGGGCCCGCCCGGAUCCCUGCUCAAGUGGUCACCGGGCAACGAUUGGCUCUUCGCUGGCACCGUCGAUCGAGUAUUUCGUGUGUGGAACUGCCACAACCAUUGGACCACUGAGCGUUGGACGUGCGGCAACGGUGGCCAUGUCCAGACUGCCUGCUGGUCACCCUGUGGCCGCUUCCUGCUCUUUGUCAGUACGACCGAGCCGAUUCUCUAUCGACUGCAGUUCGUCCAGCAAACUAUGUUGAAAUCGACUAAGGACGAGAAGGAGGUACUGCCCAUAGCGGAUCUAAAUGCUUGCAGUGCCGAUGAGAAUAGAUCGCUGAUCGGUGGCCCUGUCCAGCAGCUGGCCUGGUGUCCGCAUGGCAACUAUUUGGUGAUCACCUACAAGUCCACCAAUCACAUUUCCGUUUUCCGCACAUUCAUCACAAAGUACGACCUGCAAAUUUCGCCCGCCUUUUAUCUCAGUGGCGAGAACGCAGCCGAGUAUCCCAGUUUCGUUUGCUUCCAGCCGCUGUACAAGGAUGACGAUCGAUCUAUUGUGACCAUUGCGUGGUCCUCGGGACGUAUUCAGUACUAUGCCUUCGAUUGAUGGCCGAUGGCCGGGAGAAUUCUCAGGAUGGUCGUUUUGUAUUUUUGUAUUCUAUAAAGUGUUUGUUAGUGAAUAAAAUUGAAAGAGAACAACAA